GAGUCUGAGGAAAUCUACAUGAAGCAGGAGGUCAAGAUGCAGGCAGCAGCAGCCUUCAAAGACAAGAAACAGAGGGCCCCAGCCAAUAAGGAAGGUGCAGAUAACCCUGACUAUGAGAAUAUCACCUUGACCUUCAAAAACCAGGACAAGCUGAAGGGCAGCCGUUCACCCCUCAAGAAUCAGGGCAAGCAGCCAUCUGCCAGCGCACACUGCACAGCCUUGGGAGGGGCCCAUGCCCCAACCCUGUCUAGGCCACCCUCAGAAUCUGCCCAGGUUCCCCGUAGUCUGCACAGAGCCCUCAUGAUCCUGUACAUCCUCCUUGCCCUGUCCUGCAUCAUCCUCAUGGCCUUGGUCUUGGUAAAGAUCUCCGAAUCGGUGCGGGAGUGUCAGAAUAAGAAUCAGGGCUGGAGCUCCGUCUGGCAGCUCAUCAUGGAGAACAUUAACGUGGUCAAGAGAGAUGUCCAGUCCGAGAGUGAAAAAAUGAAGACAUUAUUAACAGACAUGAACCAAAUCAAGAACAAGUUACAGGAAAUCUCCAAGGCACUGGAGACGAAGCCAAGCUCAUAAACCUCAACAAAUGAGAAGACAUCGAAGACCCAGCUGCACCUCCCAGUGAAGCUGGCCACAUGUGUGAUCAUGGUGUGUUGUGAGCAUAAUGCAUGACACAGUGGUUGGCUGUGUCAGCAAGGACCCCAAAAGUGUGUCAGUGUGAGUGUGGGUGUGGGCAACAAGGGUAGCACUGUGAGCACGUGUGAGUAUCCGCGGUACGUUGUGUAUAAGUGUGUCACGGCGGCGCUGUGCGUGGGGCACCCCGCAUAUCACUAUAAUUGUGGGUGUUGCAGUGUGUGCCCUGUGCCGAUGUGAGUGUGACUGAUUAUGCAACCGAGGGGGGUUCGGAGCAUGUACCCAUGUAUGUUCCUUUGUUUCUGCACUCACAGUUUGCGAUUUGUGACGAUAAAGGCCUAUGCAAAAGAAUGUGGCUUUUAGAUCUCAU